AUGAAGCAAGUAGGAUAUUUCGAGUCUCCAGUUGGUGUUUAUGAAAUCCGGGCCGAUAAUGAUGGCGUUACAUCCAUUCAACUAAAAGGAACAAAGAUAAAAGCUGCGCAAGAAAACAAGAAGCUAAACCCUAAGAGUCGUUCCACUCAACACAUCCAGGACUGCAUCGCUUGGAUGGACGCAUAUUUCUCGAAUUCACCUUUGGCGAAAGUUGAAUUACCAACUUUGAACACCAAAGAUUUUGAACUGAACAAACCGUUUUGCUGCAGAGUGUGGAAGAUCCUCAAAGAUCGAGUGAAGGCUGGAGAAACCGUAACUUACGGAGAGCUUGCCAAUAUGGCGGGCAACCCCAAGGGAGCCAGGGCUGUGGGAACAGCAAUGAAGACAAACCCCAUCCCCCUCAUCGUUCCUUGCCACAGAGUAGUCAAAAGUAAUGGUGAUCUUGGAAAUUAUAGCUCAUUUAACGGAGCUGCUACCAAAAAAUGGCUACUUCAACACGAAAACGCCAUCAAUUGA